UGUAAUUUUUCUCUUGGAAACGGUGGCCUGAUAUUUUUUCUUUGGUGACUGCCUUUUACCUGUAGGUUUCCCUUCUUCAUUCCUCGUGUGCAGGGGAGGGGCAGGGGUGGUGGUGUUCUUUUGAGUUUUGCGUUGCCUUCGCUUUUGGGCUAGAUCACCACUUCACCCCCAUUGGAAAGAAAAGCUGAUUCUUUUCUUGGUAAUUAAACUGGAGCUCAGGAUGUCAAGUUUUCCUGGUGAACACAAGUCUCCAGUGGAUCUGGGAUAUGGUAAUUUCGGGUGCACCCACUAUAGAAGAAGAUGUAAGAUAAGAGCACCCUGUUGCAACGAGAUAUUCGAUUGCAGGCAUUGUCAUAAUGAAUCAAAGGAUUCUAUGGAAGUUAAUCCCAUUGAUCGUCAUGACAUUCCUCGUCACGAAUUAAAAAGGGUCAUAUGUUCUUUGUGUGACACAGAACAAGAAGUUCAACAACAAUGCUUUCAUUGUGGGGUGUGCAUGGGGAAGUACUUUUGCUCCAAAUGCAAGUUCUUCGAUGACGAUAUUUCAAAGCAGCAGUACCAUUGCAAUGAAUGUGGCAUCUGCAGAACUGGAGGAAAGGAGAAUUUCUUUCACUGUAAUAGAUGCGGAUGCUGCUAUUCAACAUCAUUGAAGGAUUCACACAAUUGCGUGGAAAGAGCAAUGCACCAUAAUUGCCCUGUUUGCUUUGAGUUUCUCUUUGAGACCACAAAAGGCAUUACUGUCUUGCCUUGUGGGCACACCAUUCAUUUGGAAUGUGUUAAAGAGAUGCAGCAGCAUUUUCAGUAUGCCUGCCCUGUUUGCUCAAAAUCAUAUUGUGACAUGUCUCGCGUGUGGAAAAAACUCGAUCAACAGGUAGCGUUGACUCCCAUGCCUCAAAUGUAUCUGAAUAAAAUGGUUUGGAUUCUUUGUAAUGACUGUGGGGAAACAUCUAAAGUAAACUUCCAUAUUGUAGCACACAAGUGCCUAAAAUGCAAUUCAUACAAUACGAAGCAGACACGUGGAGGACCUCCCCCCUGCUCUUCAAGUAUCGAAGAGAUAAAGAGAUGACCAGCUUCUCAUUAAUGUCUGUAAUUAAAGACGACUCGAGUUAUUAGAAUAGUAAAUGGAGUGGGGAUGUUUUGCUUGAGGCCAUGCAGGAAGGGGUAUUAUUCUCUUAUUCACUAAUGCCUGUACUUUUACCACUUGUGAUGCUGAGCUAAUUAAUAAUGUUUUUAAAGGAUCCAUAGGUGAGAAUAUUCAUUGUUAACUUAAAAAUUAGGCUCCCUUUCAGCGGGCAAUACGUUCACUUCAAAUGGUGGUUCAAUAAAACUGAAUAUUAGAAUGAUUAUUAAUGCAUUGCAGUAACCCUCAC